CUUGAAUACAUAGCAAGGUCAAGGUCUUCCGACCGGUUUCAGUAAUUCAAGGUCGUAUCAUCAAGUUUGUCUUUUCGAUUAUUUAUUUGCGAAAGUACUUGUGUGGGUAAAUAGUAUUUAUAAACAAUGGCAACAAAAUAUAAGAUAGUCCUUAUCCGACACGGAGAAAGUGAGUACAAUGAAAAAAAUGUGUUCUGUGGAUGGCAUGAUGCAGACUUAUCGAAAACUGGAAUCCAAGAGGCUGUUUAUGGUGGUCAGGUAAGAAUUAAAUUAAUCAAAAUGAAAUAUUAACUUCAGUUACUAUGUACUGAUUAUUGGCCUAUCUAUUGGCUUCAUUUUCUUAGUCUUGAAUCUUGGUACGAGGACAAUGCUCAUUAAACAGUAAACUACACUCAUUUUUAGAAUGUCCCUUUUACUUUUAAUCUUAAUUAAUAACUUGUUCUAAUUCUAAGCCAGGGGUCAGGGCAUAUUUCAUUUUCAUAUUUAUUUUAUUAUCUUAAUUCUUGGCUAUCUUAUUAUUGUUCCAAAAUUAUAUUUUUACAAAAUCAUAUGAAAUACUAAAAUAAUUAUUAGUCCCAUUCUCAUAUGAAAUAUUAAAAUAAUUAUUAGUCCCCUUCCUACAACACAGUUUCUUUUAGUUUUAGUAAAAUAAUUUUCAAGAGUUAGUUGUAUUAGUAUUAGACUAGUCAUUGUCAUUCUCAUUAUUUAUGAUUAGUAUUAAAUUAAUUUACAAAACAAGUUCAAUUAUUAGAUUUAGAUAGGCCAUUAGUCUUACUAAGAGUACUAAGACUGUUAGAUUAGGUCUUACCUGUACCUACCUAGUAGGCCUAACUUAUAUUUAGUAGUAGGCCUAUUAUUUACUAUUAAUUAUUAUUAUAUUGACAUUAAUGAGGUCUUUCCAAAAUAAAAUCAAUACUUCCCAAUGGGCUUGUUUAGCUGGUGCUCUAUAGAGAUUUUCACUCUCUCCAAUAAUAUCACUGUCUUAUGUCUUGAUUGUUACCUUUUUAUUCACAUAUAUUACAAACUCUAAAAGAUUCAUACUCAUACAUCCCAUGUUUAUAAGGGGACUGCAGGACAUGUUUUGAAAUUUAGAAUUGGUGUGACUCUGACGCUGUAAAAAGCUUGUAUAUUUUAAUUAUUUACCAAGACCAUUUUCCCUGGUCAAAUAUUUUUCAUAUCAUCCCACUUCAUAUAUACCUCUAAUUCUCAUACUCCUGUCUUCUACUUUGUGACUUAAUAUACAUGACUAUCAAUCAACAUCACUACACCUUAGACUCUUGUCCUCCUCCAUGCCUUCCUUUGCUAUGACUAUAAGUUAUAGUAAGUAACUUGAUCCAUCUGUCAGAUUCCAUUUUUUGGACAUAGAAUUCUUAUAUACCAGUUCUCAAAAGUACUGAUUUGCUCAGUAAGAAAUAUUAUAGUUUAAAAAUGUAAACAUUGAUUCAAAUACAAUCUGAUAACAAUUAAAAUAUUCAGAAAAGAACGAAUGAAAAUUUUAUUGGUUUAUAAAUAAAUUGUGGUAUAAUUAAUGUAAUUCAGGUCAAGUUGUUUCAAUUAAAUUCCACUUUUUAAGGGAUGUCACAUUGCUGACCACCUCCUCCACAUCGUCAAACAUCAUCAAAAAAUGUGCCCCCCAAUUUCCCCUAGAUGCGUAACUUCAUUUAUGGAUGGCCCCUUUAAUUAGUGUAUGUUUAAGUUACUAUAACUACUGAGCAAUGAUAAUUGUUCAUUUAUUUUUUAUAGCCCUCUCAUAACUAUUAAUAUUGUAUUUUAGUGUUAUAAAUUAAUGGUAGAAAAACAGUAAUGGCAUUACUGAGUAAUGGUAUUAUACAGUGUAUUGAAUUAUUAACUGUUAUCUCCCCUUACAGUGAUUGACUAAAUUCACAUGGUUGCUAGGAUUAUCAAAAUGCUAUAUUUUGAUAAAUUUUUUGUUAUAUUUAAGUUUGCUAAUUAUUUUAAUAAAAAUCUAAAAUAAAUAAAUGGGUUAUUAAUUACUUACUGUGAGCCAGUUGUUGACCUCAAUGACAGACCAGGUCUCCACAUAGACCUCAUUAAAUUAAAUGUUGUUUUUUUUCCUGAUAAAAAAAGAUAGUAUUUGAAUAAUAAAAUCUCUUUAAACAAUGAAAUAAGUUCAUUCUUGUUUUAAAAAAUAUCAGAAAAAAUUAAAAUUGAUUAACAGUUAUAAAGAGAGUUGUACUGGGUACCAACUUAUAUAUAUAUACUUAAAUGCCUAUAAUUGUGUACCUUGGUAACAUUAUAAUUUGGUAGUGAUAGGAAGGUGGAUUUUAAAAUAUAUAGUUGACAUUACCAUCGUUAUGAAUCGGUUUUGCCCAACCCCAACACUUCACUCAGGAAAGACAGGUAUGUCCUUCCCCCUUCAAUACAUCAGACAUACAUUCACAAUCUUCUUGGGCAAUAGUCUAUGCUGCCGGUCAGUCAAUGUGCAUAAACUUCUUUCCUUUUAACAAAAAAUUUUGUUUACCCAAAAUAAUUUGCCCUGUCAUUGAUAAAAAUCCAGCAAAGAAACGGUUUCUAUCUGAAACAAUGCUGCAGCCACUGUAUUAGUCUAGCAAAGAAGCAAUAACAGAUGUUUCACUGAAAUUGAUGGCCCUGCUUUUUUAAAAAUAAAAUUAGAUUUUUUUUUUUUUUAAAUAAACAAAGUAGCAUUUGUGGUUUUUUUUUUACCUGAGGCUUAGCAGACACCAAAUUAUCUCUCCUAAUUUGAAUGUCCACAGAUUCAAAACAUAGAAAGAAAACUAACCAUUUCAAUAUCAGACAUUAUUAAAACUAAUUCAAGGCCAUUAAAAUAAGUAAAAAAUAUCAUGUUAAAAUUGACAUUGGCAUUUGAUAGUAAGUUAUGACCUGUCCAUUGUUUGUGAUGAGAGUAUAUUAUGUUAUAUUAAAUGUUAAGUAGCAUACAUAAUGUAUUACAUAAAAAAAAAUAGUAUUUUAAUAUUUUGAUUUUUUGGAAUACUAAAGCAUGUUUUCUAAUCAACUUUUAAUUAAAAAAUUUAAAACUAAAACACAAAUUGGGUCAACAAAAGAUCAUAUUGGAAACUUUUGAGUACAGUAUAUUUUUUUUAAUAUUAUAUGCAGUAAUGAUUUUAAUACCUAUUUUUUAAAAAAAUUAACAUUUUUUUAUCUUAACAGUUGUUAAAAAAGGAGGGCUAUGAAUUUGACAUUGCUUUCACAAGUGUGCUCAAGCGAGCCAUCAAAACUUUAUACCUUAUCCAAGAAGAGUUGGAUAUACAUUGGCUUCCAGUAGUACGAUCAUGGCGUUUAAAUGAAAGACAUUAUGGUGCUCUUCAAGGACUCAACAAAUCAGAAACUGCUGCAAAAUAUGGAGAAGAUCAAGUACAAGUGAGUGACUUUCUAAAUUUUCCAACUGUUUUGAGAUGACAUGCAGACCAAUUAUUUCAGGGAAUGAUUUUUAAAAAUCUUUUUUGUUGUUGCUAAAACUUAAAAUUAAAACUUGUACAUGAAAAUUCCUGUAACAAGCCUUUAUUUAUUUUAUCUAGAUUUGGCGUAGGUCUUAUGACAUUCCACCACCACCCUUGGAAAAAGAAGAUCCACGCUGGUCGGGCAAAGGCAAGCAAUAUUCUGUAAGUUAAUUGAGCUUGCUUAUUUCAUUUAUAUUUAUAGAAAUUCUGUUGGCCAAAGUUCACUUUUAAACUUGAGUUGAUGAUUUGUUUCAUGAGUGGGUGUUUUUUGUAUUAUUUGAUUUUUUGGUGAGCUUAUUUGGUGUAGAGGUAACUUGUUUCCCAACACUGAUUUCGAUCACCUACAUUAGAGCAUGAAGAUAAGUUAAAUUAUAAAUUUUUCAUUAUAUUAUUUCUGUUAGUACAUAAAAGGAUUGGUUAAAUCCUAAAUGCAUUGGUCAGAAGCUUAACAUUUAUGUGGCCCUAAUUGAUAUUAUUUAGGAGCUAUAAAAUUUUAUAGUUUAAUGUUACUUUUUAUCCCAGAACUAACCAUCAACAUCAAAGAAAGAAGACUGUAUGUAUGUUGCCUUCUUGAAAAUCAUUUAAAUGUGAAUCUCAUUUUCUAAAUUGAAUGUAAAAGAAAACUAAAUUGAUAUUUUAUUUUAGGCUAUGGAUCAAGGAAUGAUUCCUGCUUGUGAAUGCCUUAAAGAUACCGUUGAGCGCACACUUCCUUUCUGGUAUGAUUCAAUCGUUCCUGCUAUCAAGGUAAUUUUGGUUUUUAAUGUUGAACACGUUUAUUAUUUUUUCUUGUUUGCAAAAACAUAAUGCGAAAUAAAUAUAGAUAACACAAGCACCAAAUACAAAUAUAUUAAUUAUAAAGUAUAAAUAUCUUUAGUUCUAGGGCGAGCAUGACUUUUGGGUAAAAAUAAUAAUCGGUAUCAUUAGUAUAGGACAAGCCUGCACAAUAGGACGGGAGGGGGGCUAUAUAGAAAAUAAUAAUAUAAAGAAUAUUUUGUUACUUCGUGGGCCACAAAGUGGGUGCUGGCUGGCCACGGGCAGCCUUGCAGGCCUGGUAUAGGAUAUGGAGAUUUAUUUUUUUUUAAUUAUGAAAUCUAUGAAGGACAUGUUCAAUUUGAAUAAAUAUUUGGCUAGGUAAUUCAGUUUACUUUCUUUCAUUUUAACUCAGCAACUUAUUUACAAUUUUGGGGUAGAUCAAUUCAUCAAUUCAGCAAAAUAAUGCUUUGAUAUUUUUCCCUCUUCUUUUAGUCAGGUAAAAGAGUGAUCAUAUCUGCUCAUGGCAACAGCUUGAGAGGCCUCAUUAAAUACCUGGAUAAUGUUUCUGAUUCUGAUAUUGUUGGCCUAAAUCUUCCUACUGGUAAUAUUUUAUUAAUUUUUAAAAAAAUCAUUAUUCCUUUUUUUUUUUUUUUUAAAGUAUUUUCAUUUUGAAAAAAGUUGAUCUUCAUUUCACUUAACCCUUUUCUGCCUAACUCGGAAGAAGUUAAGGGAGUUACUUCCCAUAAAACAUGAUGAAUUUAAUUGAGAAUAAAAUGUGAAAACCCAGAAAAAGUCUGACAUGAAUAUUUGCCUGAAGCAAAAAUUCAAAAUUAAAUAAAUUUAUUUCUGGCAAUUUUACCAAAAAAUGGGUAUGGUUAGCGUAUCAUAUGCUCUUGUUUUAGAAAGUUACAUAAAGAUUUAUCAUUAACUUUAGGCAGUGAUUGGUUAAAUACUAACAUAUCUUAUUGUUUGUUUUUUUAUUUCAAGUUUACAUUUGUCCCUUGCAAGUGUUUAAAAAUCAUUAAUGUUUCAUUGAGACCUAACUACAUUAAUAUAAGUACUAUGCUAUUAUUGUACAAAUAAAUGUGUCUGUAAAUUAGCUAAGUCAAUGCUGAAUUCUAAAAAAUAUAUUUUUACCAGAUUUUGCCAUAUCUUUCAUUGUUACUGGCAGGGGACAUGUUUUUUUUGUGUUUAUUUUAAUUAUUUUAAUUUGAGGUUACAUUGUUGUUAAUCCCCUUUCCAGCCAUCCCCUUGGUGUAUGAGUUGGAUGAAAACCUUCGCCCUGUUAAACACUACUAUCUGGCAACAGAAGAAGAGGUCAAAGCUGCACAGGCCAAAGUACUUGCUCAAGGAAAAGCUAAAUAAAUCUUUAAUCCUUGCCUAAAAUUGUGAUAGACUGCACCUUUUUUUUUUCUUUCUAUUUAACUUAACUCUCUAAAAUGAACAAGAAGCCAAUGCUGAACAGUUUUACCCAACAUUAGCUGAUUUAGCAUUGUUUUGACUAUUUAUAUCAAACUGGUACAUGGAAAUACAUGUUGAAUCUUUGAUGUUUGAAAUAAUGAUCUGAAGUAAAUCAGUAAACGAAAUUUGAUUUUAUGUGUGCUCUUGUCUCUUUUUUUUUUUUUUUUUAAAGUUAGCCAAGUUUUUGAAAGGGUUUUAACACAAAAAAAAUUGUUAGUGUGGUGUCUUCUCUGGACCUAUUCCACCCAGCUAUUCCAAUGUGCUAUGAGCUGACUGAAGAGCUGCGGCCGGUCAAGCACUAUUUCCUGGCAUCAGAUGAAGAAGUUGCCACAGCACAAGCCAAGGUUGAAGCUCAGGGAAAGGCCAGUGCCCCAAAUGAAGCGCAAUCAAAAGCAGGUGGUGACACGAAGUCAGAGAAAGCAGGUCUCUUCUCCUGUUGCCCUUGUUUUGAUCCUGUUAAAAAGAAAAAGAUUGCACAAGCUCAGUUCAAGCACACUUAAAUUUUUAAUGAACUUUGGAGUAAAUUGAAAUGUAAAUAUAGUGUUAUUGUGUAUAAUGAUAUGCACUGGAUAUAGGGAGAUGUGUUUGUAAAUGUGAUAUUACUUGAAACUUUUCCAUUAAAACCUAAAGGUUGCCAAGGUGGCUGACGCCAGUGCUCCUUUUUUUUUUUUCUUCCCCCUGGUUUUUGCUUAAGAAAAUUAGUUCUUAAAUAUUGCUGCAUGUUUGAAUUAAUUUAACCACCUAAAUGUUUGUAUUCUUACUCUAAAUGUAUGUUGGUCAAGUUUUUGAAGGGGUAAAUAAAAAGAAAAAAAAAAAAAAUCUCCUGCUUGUCCAAUGAGAUAUUAGCCUGAGACGAUGUCCAAGUAAACCUGUUUUUACUUUUUAAAGAAAUUGGUCACGGAUACUGCUAUAUUUGGUGAUUUGUUUGUAAGCCUGAGACAUAUACAGUAAUUUUUUAACACUGGACUAAAGACAUACAUACAUGGUUUUAGCCUUUGCUUUGUAAUCUUUCUUUUAAAAUUAGCUUUCAUUUUUUUAAUCAUCUAGCUAAAGUCAUAAUAAAAUUAUAAUGUAUUUAUAAGGGUUUCCUGUUCUCUUUAAGUUGCAAGUGUUGUGGCCUUGUGUUUCCAUUUGUCUGUUCAUUAUAUUUGCACCAUAAGUUAAACUCUUACCUCGUAUUACAG